CCUCCUCUCCCCUCCUCCUCCUCCUCUCCCCCCCCCCGCCCCCAACAGGGGCAGGCAGUCCCCCGCUCCGGGGGCUGCCUGGGCGGAGGAGGCGCCAUGCGGGGGCCGGCGGCCGGCCUGCCCGAGGCGCGGACGCCGCCCCGGCAGCGCCCCAGGGAGGCGUCGCGCUGCGGCUCCAUCCUGCGCGCCCCCGUGGCUGGGCGCGUGCUGCAGCCCCGCGGAGGACCUGGCGCGCCUCGAGGUGUCCUUCCUCGACGGCGGCGGCGCGGCGGAACCCAGGGGCCUCUGCCCCCGGCCGCGCCGGGCCGACCCGGAGCCCAGCAGCCCGGACGGCGAGGAUGCGGCCUGGAGCGUGAGGAACUCGUUCCGCCUGUGCGGCGCGGGGGAGGAGGAGCAGUUCAAGGGCAGGGUAGCCUUCGUCAGCAGGGCCAGCGUCUCGUCGCUGCGCGCCGCGGUGCAGAGGUUCAACUCCGGCGCGGAGGCUCGGCUCUGCGCCCGGGGCUGGCUGGCCGCCUACUCGGAGCGGCACCGGGCGUGGCACGUGCUGUUCCAGCCCGGGCGGCGAGCCGAGGCGCUGCGGCACCUCCAGAGGGCUGCCCUGAGCCCGCCGACGCCAGCGAGCCGACGGGGACCAGCGAGUCCGAGGACUCCAGCGCGCAGUCUUCCCCGCGCGGCCGCGCGCAGCAGUCGCUGGCGCGGGUGGGGUCUCGGCUCUCGGUGGGCCGCAGGAACACGUGGCGGGGCUCCGCCCCGGUCCUGUUCAGCGACUUCAUGAGCACCUUCUUUAAGCUGCUGUGGCCCAACCUGGGUCCCGCGGCGUCGCUCAUCUUACUGGAGAAGGCCACGGAGGCCAUGGACGCGGCCAUGCAGGCCUUCCCCUCGUUCCGCGCGAAGGUGCACCACUCCGUCAACGCGGGCUCGGUGCCCCCCGAGAUCCUGGCCGUGUACGGCUACAAGCGGAACGCGCAGGAGGAUGGAGAGAUCGAGAUAAGCGGCUACAUGCGCUGGAAGGCGCACAUGGACGUAGAGCUGAGCAUGGGGCCCAUCAAGCUGAUGAUAGACCAGGUGACCCUGGAGGGGCCAGGCUGCCUCAUCUCGAAGCCGCUCUUGAACCAGUCGCCGGUGGUCGGCGGCUUCCAGAUCUUCUAUUGCGAGACCCCCAAGCUGGAGCUCAGGUUGAACGGCUUGGGCGGCAUAACCAAGUGGUCAACAGUGGACGCAGGCUUCGCACUCCGCUUCCUUGCAAUGCUUCUCUGAAGAAUCGAGGCGUGAGGCGUGGGAGACAUUUUGCAAGCCUGCUGGCAGUUCCGAGACGAGCCCGUGCCCCUUGGCAGAUCUACU